AUGGAGCUUUCAAAAGGAGACUAUAAUCACGAAGUCAACAACAUCAUCUGUGAUGAAGCCAUCAAUGUUCCUGGUUAUGAUCCGAGCAUACAACUCCAACUCGGAGAGGAAAGAAGAGCGUUGCUGAAGGCAGAUCUUUUUAUCCUUCCUUUUAUUGUCUUGUGUUUUUGUUUUCUGCAAUUCGAUCGUACGAACAUUGGUAAUGCCUUGACCGAUACCCUCAGGAAGGACAUUCAUGUGGACAACUCGGAUAUUAAUUUAGCGCAGACAUUAUUCACAGUUGGUUUCGUCAUAACUGAAUUGCCAUUCAACAUGAUCAGCAGAUACAUUGGCGCUGAACGAUUUCUCCCGGUUACUAUGUUUCUCUGGGGUAUUGCAACCUGGUCACAAAUAUUCAUGAAAGACCCCUCCGGACUAUGCGCUGCUCGAUUCUUCAUAGGAGCACUUGAAGGCGGAUAUAUACCCAGUAUUGCGCUAUAUAUUUCAAAGCUCUAUACAAAUCAGGAGCUCGCACUGCGAUAUGCAAUCUUCUGGGGGUCAAAUAGCUUUGCAGGAAUUCUCGGUGGACCACUUUCGAUCGGACUUCUAUCUCUUGGGGGACGAGGUGGCCUACAUGGAUGGCAAUGGCUAUUUCUUAUUGAGGGCAGUUUGACUUGCUUUCUCGGAGUCGUCAUGUAUUUAUACCUUCCACACAGCCCGGCUAGCCCUAAGUCAUUCUUCGGAAAGUCCUACAACAUUUUCACCGAUCGAGAGGCAACAAUACUCAUCACUCGGGCCAUCAAAAACGACCCGACGAAGGGUAUGCGAUACGGAAAGCCAGUCCUGCCUUCUCAUAUUCUAGAAACCUUCAUGGACUGGCGGUUGUAUGGCCAUAUUGUGGCUGCCCUUCUCUCUAUGGUAAUGAUUUCACCGAUGAAUACAUAUGCACCUUCCAUCAUCAAGAGUCUCGGAUUUACAAGCUUACAAGCAAACGGACUCAAUUCAGUCGGUAGUGCGUGUGCCUUGGUAUUGUCUGUAACUCUCGCUUUCAGUAGUGACAAAUUGGGAGAACGAGGGUUUCAUAUCGCUGUUGGGUAUCUUUGGGGAGCGGCGGGUCUGCUAUGGCUGGCUCUUGCAGCUGAUGGAGUCAGCAAAUGGGUUCUUUACGGAGGUGUGGUAUGGACUCAAAUGGGAAUGGGCUCUGCUCAGGCAAUCAGUGCAGCGUGGCUAACUGCCAAGAUGGAAGACCACAAGCGCCCUGUGGCUCUGGCUGCGUAUGUAAUGAGCAUCCAGCUCGCCAACUUCCCUGGAAACGUGCUAUUUCAAACACAAGAUGCACCUCGGUAUACUCACGGUCUGAUAAUUGCUGCCUCAUGUGUAAUUGCUGCAGCGGUCGUUAUUUUAUUUUGGAAGCUAUUGUACCGUGUAUUUGAUAAUGGGGAUCGAGGUGUUGAAGCUAAGACAACCGUUAUUGAACUUGGAAGAUAAUGAAGGGGGGCAAUAGUCCUAUAUCUACAGGAAAUCGUUACAUUUUAGGUGCGUACAAUAAAGC